AUGGCGUCUUCGCAUGCCAGGUCCUCCAGCAACGACUUUACCUCGACCGUGCUUUUAGAUCCCAUCCGACCACGAAAGACCCAGGAUCAACUAGAUGGAACAUGGCUUCCAGAUGAACGGUCGAUUCCAACUCUCGACGAGGUAGACGAUGCCAAUAGCCACUCCAGCUAUGACUUUGAUUCGCAGCGGCCGCUCACUCCAGCGACGCCCAUGGAAAAGACGCAAGCCAAAUUUUCAUCAGGCCCAGUGACAUGGAUGUCUCUUCCUCGAAAAGACCAGCUCCUCAUCCUCUUCCUCUCGCGAUUUGUCGAUUUCCUCCAAGUCGCAUCCCUCCAAGCAUAUGCCUUUUAUCAGCUCAAAGCCUUCGACGACUCUCUUUCCGAUGCCCAGAUUUCUCAGCAGGCUGGAGUCCUGCAGGGAUGCUUCACGGGUGCCCAGGUGAUGACGGCCAUUCCAUGGGGCAAGGCUGCUGAUGCAAGCUGGUGUGGUCGUAAGUGGGUGCUCGUAGUUGGACUCGCUGGGACGGCGAUAUCGUGUCUGGGAUAUGGCUUUGCGACAACUUUCUUUUGGGCGGCAUUUUGGAGGGUUUUUGGUGGUGCAAUCAACGGAACCAAGGCUGACGAAGAAGCUGGAAACGUUAGUCGCACCAUGAUUGCCGAAAUCACAAAGGAGAAAAAGUACCAAUCUCGAGCAUUUCUGAUUCUUCCCAUGAGUUUCAACGUUGCGGGAAUCUUAGGUCCAAUCAUGGGAGGCAUGUUGGCCGACUCGAGCAAGACGCUUCCUGGUUUGUUUGGAGAAAAGGCAGUCUUUGGAUUUCAGUGGAUACGAGACUAUCCGUACGCAUUACCGAGCCUCAUGAAUGCUGUCAGCUUGUCCAUUGUCACCGUGAUAGUGUUUCUGUUCCUGGAAGAGACAUCAAGAUCACGACAGCACAAGUUUGACCUCGGCCUCCAUCUUGGGUCUCGGCUUAAAGCCGUCGUUGUCGGUAGCGAGCAGGCCGACGACUACGCUCGCGUUCCUACAUGGGAGGAUCGUGCCAUGGGGAAUUUCCAAGACAAGCAUAUUCCAGCAGAGUUGAAGCCUGCGCCGUCGCUGAACCGGCUUCCCUUCCGCCGACUCUGGACGCGAAACGUGUUAUUUACGCUGCUGACCGGCGCCUUUUAUGAUUUCCACCUUGGUGCGUUUGGCAAUAUGUGGUCGCUAUUCUUGUCGACACCUCGAUAUCUUAACCCGACGAGGAGAAGCUCAGAGGUGCAUGUAUCUGAACCUUUGCGCCGACAUCUUCCUCUCCUGUUCACCGGCGGACUGGGUAUGCCUGCGUCGACGGUUGGUGUUGCAACGUCUUUUCUAGGAUCACUGGGGAUGCUGCUACAGGUGACUUUAUAUCCUCCCGUCCAAGCCCGCCUCGGCACGAUGAGGUCCUUUCAGUGGUUUCUGUUUCUCUUCCCAGUUGCAUAUUUUGUCGCCCCCUACCUUUCAACACUGCCGUCUUGGUCGCCACCUCCCGAGCCGGCGUCGGGAGGCUUCAUCUGGGCGGGAAUCAUGGUUGUGCUGUUUCUCCAGGUAAUGGCUCGCACAUUCACACUCCCGGCGAGCAUCAUCUUGCUCAACAACUGCAGCCCGCACCCAAGCGUGCUAGGCACCAUUCACGGGUUGGGACAGAGUGUAUCUGCGCUGUUCCGGACCGUCGGGCCCGUGAUUGGAGGCUGGUGGUACGGCUACGGCCUGGAUAUCGGCAUGGUGGCCUGGGGGUGGUGGGGAGUUGCGGCCAUGUCGGCGUUGGCGUGCGGGACGGCGAUGGGAAUGCAUGACGGUAGCGGGCAUGAGGUUUUCUUGGAGGGAGAGUUGGAUGGGAUGGAGUAA